AUGACUUCUCGUCCUGCCCCGGGCAUCCAGUCUCUCCAGCGCACAGGGAGCGGGCCGCCGCCCCCUCGGCCUCAGGUCCGACGACACCCCUCAGCGCACGCCGGCGCCGCGAACAAUGGGCGCGCCCAGGACGUGAUCGACCUCACCCUCGAUGGCGAGGCGCGAUUUGCCGACGACGCCUUGCUGAAGACGCCGGGGUUGGCUUCCCAGGCGGCUGCAAAGCCCCCGCUGGGCGCUCUAGAAACCAUACAACCCGUCCAAGAUGCACCCAGCAGACCGCCGCCGCGAGGGAAACCACAGCUGGCCUUCAGUCCCAGGUUGAGCGACGGGGGAGAGGCCUGGGGAUUCCCCCCGCAAGCCCGUCAUGGCACGGCAGCACUGUCUGGAGUCGCAAACAUGCCAAUGCCCCCAAGGCCGGGCUCCUCUGUCCUGGACGAUCUAUCACUGCCGCAUCGACGAAUCCUCCCCGGCGGAAGCGGAGUCAAACAUGACAGGAACGCAAAGUUUGCGGGAUUCGACGCGCCCGCAGCCUCGGUGCUGUUCCCCAACGGAAGAACUGCCGACUUCUAUCCGUGGACCUCGAACAGCACCGAGAACAUUCUGACUGAUGCCCUGGUGAAGGGUGGGGUGAACAACAGAUCGGGCAUGAUGAGCGAGACAACCACAGCCAGACCGUCCCUGUGGUCCAGCCUGAAAAACAAGUCCGGCCUCCAAACGCUGUCGACACUCUUAGUUGCCGCACUCGAGAAGCGACAGCAAUGCGGGCGCGUCACAGCUCCAUCCACUUUCAAACCCCCGCCGAGAGUCACCCUGACUGAUAGCAAACGGGAGACGUGGUUGCGUGACCUCGCGAACCCAGCAAUCGCACUACGUCGACUCAGCCGGACCAUCCCCCACGGAAUCCGCGGCAAACUACUUCUUGAACAGUGCUUGAGCAAGAACAUUCCCAUUGCUAGGGCUGUCUGGCUUGCGAAAUGCAUUGGCUCCAAUGAACUGCGUGCUUUCAAGCGGAAAGGCGCUUCAGGAACAGUUGGUAUGGGCGCCGAAUUGAAGUGGAACCGGGAAUGGACCAUCUGUGUGGAACAGUUUGUAGAGAACACCAUUUCCUCCUGUGCACAGCCGGACUGGAAGGCGAGGAUGGACUAUGCGACUCGCCUUGCUUCACAUCUUUACUGCGAUCGUCUGCUUGACCAGGACCACUAUUUGGAUUGGCUUCUGAGCUCCCUCGAUGGGAGCACCCAAGAGCGCCUGCCUGUCUGGCUUCUCAUGGCCCAAAUUUACUGGCAGGAUCUCAUUGCAUUCCGACGGCGGGGUCGGCGACUUGCGGAAGCGCUAUUAGGGCAUGCCCAUAUUCUCCGCGCGGACCCCAAUAAUGACACGAUUAGAACUAUAUCUGGUCAUCUUGAAAAGCUAAUAGCAACCCUGCUAAUGAAUAAGCCUUGUUGCAUGCUUCUUCCCAAAAUAUGGGGCACCCGGAAAGAAGUGAUCAACGACAUUGCCCUUAGGUAUCCGGAUUCAUCGCUGGAUAGAAUUUCACGAGACCUCGACAGUCGAAAUAAACGGCUUUCUGGCACCCCUCACGAUUCUCAUGCUCAUUCCACAUCUCCGAUAACGGAUAUUGUAAAGCUACUAGACUCCUCCGAACGAGACGUGGAUCUCAGCAUCGACCAUAUAUCAGCUGCCUGUUUGGAGAAGAUCCUGGAUCCUCAACAGCUCGUCGCAACUGUCUUACGCUGGGCCUCUUCCGUGUACCGUGAAGGAGCACACCGGAUGUAUCUUGCAACACGACUGAUACGAAAAUGGAACGCGUUGGGGAUCGACACUGAUGCCACUGUACAUUCUUUCCUAUUCUCACUCAACGCCAACCAACCUUUCGAAACGAGAAAUGUGUUCCGUAUUGUUGCCGAACUUGUCCGUUCGAAGCAUUUCUCGGUUGGGCGGUACCUUCAGUGGCUAAUCGCAACCGGCUCCACGAAUAGACAUGAAGCUUCACCUGAUGACUGGCCUAGCCAUCUUCGCCUCAUCACGGAGCUACCGUUGGAGACUCUCUCGGAUCACGUCCUCAACCUAAGGAAUACCCUUUUGCAGGGUAUCGGAUUUGCUGUCGAAAACGAAGAACAUGACUUGAAUACCGCUGAGGAUUAUGUUGCACAGCAGAUCCCGAGUCUUUUCGAGUCCUGGCCUGCACCAGUAUCGCAAGAGGACUUAGACGUGUCUGGGCUCAAUCUCUCUAUUAGGCUGAGUCUAUGCUGCUUACUGCGACAGCAGGUGGCUUCUAGGGUGGGAUCCACGACUUCAGCGUCUUUGAAAACUGCUCCGCAUGACGGAUCAGUCUCGGUCUCGACUCUCACACCCUCCGAAUUCUACUCGAUACGGGAGAUCGUAGAAAUGCUAGGCGACUACUCAAUUCUAGCCGAUAUCCUCGGAAUGGCGUUGAGUUCAUGCGAUUACUCGAUACUUGCCGCUGUUUCCGACACCCUCCACUACCACUACCAGAUCUUUGUGGCCAUUGGAGCCUUCAAACCACUUUUCCAGCGCCUUGCCUCAAGAUACGCUUCAAUUCGAUCGGAACGGCCGCCUGAGCGUGAGCUCUUUGUUUCUCUGGCUGAUCUUGCCCGGACGGCCAAGGCUGAUUCUCAGCUAAUGCAACUCUUACGUUACGAUCUAGCUAGAUGCGAACAGAAGAACUCCCUUGCGGCUUGUUCGCCCGCAUCAGACAAUAUGAUGGACAUCCUUCAAACUACGAAAAUGGACACCGACGAGGAGAUCAAUCAUAUCCUCUCAAGCGGAACGAGCAUGGACGAGCAGAUAAUGGCUCGCGUAUUCAAGAAAAUAACUGCUCAAUUGGAUGAAAAUGUCAAGAAAGACGUCACUCGGUCGAACGUAUUUGUUGUCUGGUUCUACCGCUUGAGGAGUUUUGACGAAAAACCGUUCGAACGACUUAUGAAUGAACAUCUGAUGAACCUAUUAAUGAACCACCAAGGAAAGGUACUUUUUGCGACUCUUCCCACUUUGAUAGGUGCUGGCUGCCUCACAUUAGCCAGCUUUGCGGAAGUUUCGAAAACGUACAUUUCGAGCGUAAGCGACACAGGGGGAAACAGUGCUGCGAAAACGUCGCUGGUCGCAUUGAACGCAGUUUUGCCCAACGGAGAAUUGAAUUGGUUCUGUCAAAUACCGGACGCCUACCGAUACCGAUUGGAACAACAGAGAUUCUGCGCAGAGCACGCAACAGAAUUUCUAGAACAACUCCGCCGAGUAGUCGAGCUAUGCUCUGCUCAAGGUUCUGCAGACCUUAAGGUGCACUUGACUUCACUUCUAUCGAGUGAGCGUUUGCUAGGUGUAUUAAGACAAAUGGCAGUGCAUGAGUUCCAGGCAAUCGCAAAAGCCUUCAAGCUUGGGCCCAUGUCAGGUCCCGCAAAUGCCGUCUCGGCUAUGAAGACGUUGAACGCAAUCUUGGAUCCGGAGGAUACCCUAGGUCUCGCCCAGAAAAGCCUCGAAGACCAGGUUUCUACGAUUGUUGAGAUCGCGGAUGAUUUCUCACUUCCCUUCUGCCAACUGCAGCUUUGGCAGAUAUUCGAUAUGAACACGCCGUCCGCAGAACCCUCCGACGACACUGUGUCGGCGGCACUUUUAGAUGCUAUUAAGGUGGCCAUUGAUAAUGAUCGGUCAAACUGGCCUGAUCUCAUUGGUGGUCUUGAUGGGAGUCUAAUACGCGAGAUUCGUGAGCAUGCCGAACGCGCAAUUCUGGCCACGAUUGAAAAUCCAGGAAAAAUCGGCAACUCGCCGCCUUCCAACGACGUUGAUGACACCUAUAUCAGAAGAUACCUGACAGUUGUCGACUUCACAGCGACUAGUAUUGUCACCGAAGGGCAGCCUAACAUGAUCAUCAUCCUGGUAGAGAAGCUCAAAUCAAUCGUGGAGCUGCUCAAUCCCGCAACUGGAAAAUCUCUAGAUGCAGACAGCAUGAGCAUGGAUACUCCGUCACCUGUCCUUUCGACUGCCGAUAUAUGCUCCUGGAUUCAUGCUGUCUUGCACCUAGCUGUACUUCACAAAAACUCUUUCCAGAGCGGCAAGUCAAGCAAUCAGACGCAGGCCACAUUUUUGUGGCUACUCCGGACACUAUUUGGCCAUCCUCACCUGCAGCAUCACCCUUCUACCACUGAAUAUCUAUUCGACGUAGGCGUCUACUUCUCCGACGACCUGGCAGACGAUGUUCGAGCCGUUCUCGCAAAGGCAGAUCUAGCCAAACCCUCCCAAGACCCAAGGUCGUCUUUCGUCUUUGGCUCUUCCCCUCCCCCGGAUUGUUGGCUGGGUCUCAUCACUCCAUCUGCAGGUUCUGCAACUGCAACCACAAGUACAUCGCAGCCACCACAACAGUCUCAGUCGCCAGGUCCAGUGCCAAUGCACCGCUCCCUCAGCCAGCAAGGUCUCCAGAAAACAGCCUCACCGCUUCAACAAAACAAAGGCGUGCCCUCACUACAGCGGUUCGCCACACAGCACCCGCAAUCUCCGCAGCAAUUCCAAAUCCAACAAUUUCAACAAUUGGCCCAACAGCGCUCAGCCAGCGCUUCACCCAUGGGCAACCAGUCCCAGAACUCUCUCCAGAACCAGCCGCAGACCAUGUUCAUGGGCUAUGGGACCACGCCUAACCUUACCGGGACCGUCCCAGGGAAUUUCUGGAACCAAGCGAACUUACAGCAGGCUGGCAGGAGUACGCCGCAGCCUACAGCCCAGACCUCAUCGCAGCAGCAGCAGCAGGAUAAAACAGACGUCAGACCGAUGCCGUUCUUGCUUCGCCGGUGGGAGAUACUGCCCGAAUCCGCGAACGUCGCCGGUUGGAACGACACAGCCCUCUCGCUCGGGCUGUUCGAGGCUAGGAAAGUCUAA